AUGGAGGUGGUGGCAUCUGCCGAAGCUGCGGCGGCGCUUGCUGGCAUGUUUCUCGAGAUUGUGCGGACUAUGAAGCAUGUUAUCGAGACCAUGAAAGGGGCACGGCUCGCUCUAUUCGAAGUGUUCACUCGCGCAGAACGCAUUCGUCUCAACUUGGAGCUCUUCCGCUCGCUCACUAACAGAUUGUCCGAUCCUAUGGAGAAGUCUACUGCCCUUUCAUUCAAUGAGAGUGCGUAUAGGCAGACUGUAAAUGAGGUGCUGGAGUUGGUGCGCAAAGUUGCAGGCUUGGCUAAACGACAUGACCUCUUGUUGAAGAUCAGUUGGCUAUUUUACAGGUCAGAUGUCGCCGCACUUGUGAAGAAAUUGGAGGAGAGAGAGAGGGACCUGGGGCUCGUCUUGACAUUCAUUGCUGCUCGUUCACAAGAUUCUGAGUCCGUCACAUCUUUUAGAGAAUCUCCUUGGUCUGAACACUCGUCGCCUACUCUGUGGCUUGGAGUCCUGGUCAGGGAGCCUUUCGCUCCGGUGUAUCUAGAAAAACUGGACAAACUAGUCCAUGCAGCGAAAUACGGUGACUGGUCGACUGUAUUGGAAUCCUUGGAUGAAGGGAGGAGCGUUUUCAACGAGUCAUGGUCAAAUGCCGUCCGGCUUCGAACCCUCGCAACCGGUCGGACAAAAGGUGAAUUCCAAUGCGCAGAUAUCACAGCCGCUGAAAUUGCCCGCGAGCUCGGAUACGACGAUAUAUACGACAUCCUGGCCCCUGUAGUCAGGCAUGUACUGCCUGCCGCGACUCUGACCCUUUUGCAAAGAAAAUUCGACGAGUUUCUCCAAGCGGAGCUGGAGGAAUGUGUGACCCUGACCCGUGGAGAAAUACGUUUGCCUCCCUUGUCUGCAUUCACUAAGCUCGAACGCCCGGAGAUGUGGUUUCCUCUUGCGUUGUUUCAGAAGGGAUUUUUAAUUCGUCUUGACGGGAGGGAGUUGGUGGUACUCAGCCUCGGACGCAGACAGCCACCGUCAAGGCAGGUCUUUCGUAUCACCACCAAGGGGUGGACUGCGAUUCAGGAUGUCAUUAUCACAGGGCAUUAA